GUCGCCUGCCUGCCUGUACAGCUCAGCCUGAUUUCUUCCCCCCCUCCCCACACACACACCUCCUCCUCUUCCUCUUAUUUCUCACUGCAUCUCCUCCACCACCUGCGACGCAGCGAUGGAGAGCCGCCGCAAAUGAUUAUUAGCUCACGGAAGACCACAAUUGAUAGAGAGAUAGAGAAAGACGCACAGAGGGGAAGCCAGAUAACGUUAAAGAGCGAGCUAGACGAGCGGAAACAGAAACAUAUGGCUUGUCUGAAGAGCGGCUGUUUCUGAGGACUGCUGAACCCGGGCUGAAACUUAUUAAACCACCGUGAUCAACUAAAAGGAGUCUGUUAGACCCCUCUCUUCUCCCACCGCCCCCACCCUGCGGUAACAAGCCAUGUCUGGACAGACUGUGACCAUCCCGGACGACCGGGCGUUCGCUAGCUUCAAGGCGGAGUGUCUGUGCGAUGAAGGCUGGAGUAUGAGCCACAAUAAGGGGGGCAUCACUGUGUGGACCCAGGGUCUGGAAGAGGGGAAACCCAUCCACAAAAUGAAGUGUCGGAUGGUGUGUAAGGACGUGUCGGCUGAGACCAUGUACGACGUUCUCCAUGACAUUGAAUACAGAAAGAAAUGGGACACAAACGUCAUUGAGACCUUCGAUAUCGGGAAACUUACCGUCAAUGCGGAUGUUGGUUACUACUCAUGGAAGUGUCCAAGUCCUCUUCGGAACCGCGAUGUCAUCACUCUUCGCUCCUGGCUUGCAAUGGGGAAAGAUUACAUCAUCAUGAACUACUCUGUCAAACAUGCCAAAUACCCUCCUAAAAAGGACAAGGUGCGAGCUGUGUCCAUUCAGACUGGUUACAUGAUCCAGGACCAGGGACCAACCAACCACUGUACUCUCACUUACUUGGCCCAGGUAGAUCCUCGAGGUUCGUUACCCAAGUGGGUUGUCAACAAGUCUUCCCACUUCCUUGCUCCUCAUGCAAUGAAGAAGAUAAACAAAGCCUGUUUGAAGUAUCCAGAGUGGAAGCAGAGACACAACCCUGGCUUCAAGCCCUGGCUCUACCCCGAACAGACUACAUUACCCAGCAUCCCGCUCUCUGAGCUCAGCAUCCAGCAUGCCGAGAGCCUGGAGAAUAUUGAUGAGAGCUCCCUGGCUGAGACCCAAGAGAGAGAAGAUAGCGACUAACACACACACACACACACUCACACAUACAGUCAUGUAUUCAUACACACACAAACAGUAAUGCAGGGUGACAUGCAUGCCUGAUACACAUCCAUAAUUACCCUUAUGUUUAUGUGAUUCUAUAUGUAAGUAUGUGUCUAUGCACAUGCAGUUGCAUAUGCAGGCAUACUAACAGGCACAUGUAUGUAAGCAUUCAUGCACACAGACAAACUCAUACUUGACCAAAUCCAUCUCAUACUUACAUACAUAAUUCAUGAACACAUAACAUAGGUGCACUCACAGAUACACACCCACCCACUCACAAGGGGCACUGAAAAACAACUUAUUUUUUACAACUCCUAUUCAUUGUAAUCAGAGAAGCGGCUGUUAAUGUGAUUUUUCAUUCCCCUUCAAGGGAUAUCAAAGUUUUCCAAUCGGGACCUAUGCAGAUUACUGAAAAUAUAUUUUGCUAUAAUAAUUUACUGUUGAAAUGUUAUCCGAGUAACCUGACAGUGGACAUCCAGCUCUCAUUCAAAAUAUGAACAAUGGAUUUCAUAAUUAUACUCCUUUUAUGUGCACGUUAUGAAUGCAAUCAAUCUAGUCGGAAACCACCUCAGUGCAACCCCUAAUAGUCACGUAUACAGCAAGUACAUAACUGUACACAUAUGGACACUCACUAUUCACUACUCCCUACAUUCGUGCACACAGACAUGUAUACAUAUUCAGUUUGUCUCUCUGCCCAUGUUGUUUCCCUAUCACUCAUUAUGUGUCUCUGUCACAUUUUGUAAGCACAUGAUAAAUAUGCAGGUGUGCAGAAGGCAGCUGGAACCCCCAACCUGCAACCCUCUCAUACACACAAAAACACAUACAGAUUUUACACAC